GCCUACGAUUCAUCAUAAAGCGGAAAAUGUGAACAGUUGUCAGUCCUCAGUUAUAAUUGAAAAGGACAAGAGCUGGAUACCCUAACGUAACCUAGUUCGGGAUUCGGUAGUGAUUCUGUCACCAGAAGUGCUCUCCAAAGCUGUGCAUCAAAAUUCUGUACAAGUGCAAGAUGACUACUGGAGAUAUUAAGAAUAAUCUAAAGAAGCUGCAGAAGGAGGUACAGCUCAUUAAAUAUGGGGAAGAGCUGGAUCUGCAAGGGCUUUCUCAGGGCAAGCCCUCUGCAUUCCUUCCUCUGUACCACUAUGCCUUUGUGACAUAUAGCUGCUACAUUGCCAAGGCUAUUACAGACAUUAAUAUAGAGUUGUAUGGAAAAACAGAUCUGAGGUUCAUGGAAGGAGUGUAUAAGGUGCUCCGGGAGAUGUUCAACUAUAAGCCUCCUGUCACUAAAGAGCAGUUCUUCUCCACGGGGUUCGCAGAGAGGAAGGUGAUAAUGUGCACAGAAAUCCUCAACAUGAUCAAGGCAAAGCACAGACGUUUAGCUCCCAAGCCUAAGUCCAGAGGCAACUCCACCCUGACCUCUCUACACAGGUCCUCCUCAGUACCAGCCAUUGAUACACAGAAGUUGACUGGGAACCCUAAAGAAAGAAAGAAUAAGGAAAAUGUUACAGAAUGCUCCAUCCCAAAGGUUGUAAAUGAGGUGUGGCACAGAGAGACUCUAGCCGAAGGUCAAGGUCAUGAAGGAAGCCUCUCUCCACCAGGUGGUGUCACAAGAACAAGCCCCUCUGCUAGGCUGCCGUCCAAAGAGGGCGCUCCACAUGAUGCUUUGCCAGUGAUAAGUCACGUGAGACCUGCUGAAGUCAUAGGUGCUGGUUGUGACAUGUCACCUAGUAUUAAUUAUAUCAGACCUGCUUCUGUGGAACUGGUGACCAUAGAAAGAGGCUCUGAAGUAUCUGCCAAUUGGCAUGUCGCUGAACAACCUCUGGAGCCAAUAGAUGUGGUUGCCAUGACGCCAGGCAAACAACCGGAGUCGCAGGAUUCUCUCACACUUAAUCAGAUUGAAGAGACAACCGAUAACAUCAAGAAUGUCGUGUCCCAGCUUUAUCAGAGGAUGGAGCAGAUGGAGACGGCCCUUCAUUCCAUGGCGACCAGGACCCCGCCAGCCAACAGAGAGCAGGACGACAAGGAAAAUGAUUUCUACAUCACAAAACCCCAGUGGGAUAGCGUCAUGGCCAGAUUGAUCUUGUUGGAGAAUAGGGUCAUGAUGCUUGAGAAUGAUGGAUCCAAAAAACAGUCAAAUAAGAAGUCAGAAAAACUUGGAAAAGGUUUGGACACUACUCCAGCUCCUAAAGCAGCAAGGACCCCUCUGUCAGACAGCAAGGUAUAUCGAGCUUCUUCCUCCACUUCCAAAGCUGGCAGGAAGACCCCUUUAACCCAGGGCAAGCCUGUCUCUCGUCAGAAACUCACCAUCUCCCCCAUCAAGCCAGCUGGAUUAGACGGCAACUUGGACGUACCGGGAAUGGUCAGUCCCAAACCACAGCAAGCGGUCAGUCCGUACCAUGAUGUCUCCUUAACAGACCAUUCUGCAAUCAUAGAGGCUGUAGAAAGGGAAAAUGAUGCCAAUGCCAGCACACCUAAUAACCCUACUGUGGACCCGAGUAACCAGCAUGUGAUGGUCACCUCUGAAAUAAGUGCCAUUGCUUUGAAUAUAGAAGACCCAGAGAUACACGACCAGGCAGCCAGGAUUAAUAGAAUAUUACAGGACACUCAAAAUAUGCUGUCACAACCAACAUCAACAACUUAAACCAUUGGACUGAUAGCAUGAGGACAGCAUUGGUAAAACCAGGACUAAUUACACACCAAGCACCUGUUGAUUCACAUUUUGUUCACACUUGCACAUAGGUACAUAUUGAGGGACGAGAGGGUUUGAUUUCAAUUCAUCCUGUAUUUAAAUGCUUAAGGCACAGAUGACUUUUUGAAAUUCUGCCCGUGGCCCACAGUUGUGCUGCACACCCUCACAUGUGAGGUUUUGGUGCAUCUCUGUUUAUUCUUGCAUCAUUAUUAUUAUUAUUAUUAUUAUUAUUAUUGUUAUUGUUAAUAUUUAUUUAUUAUAAAUGUCACAGUGCAUUACUCUUUGAUGCUUGAUAAAUUCCAUGUGUGUAUUAUAUCAUGUAACAAUAUCAGCACGUAAUGACGUACACAAAAAGCUUUGAAAAACUGAUUUCUUCUGAAAAACAAAAAAAAAGUAAGAAAAUUCCUUUUUUCAUAUAUUGAACACUUUGUACGACUUCUGAUUUUAUGAGAAAAAUUUGCUCUGCAUUUUUAUUCAUAUGACCACAUCCAGUUUGGUCUCUCUUUUAGAGACCCAAGAAAUCGAUUUGAGAAAUAUACAUGUACUAAUAAUUAUUUUCAAAAAUA